CCUCAAGUAGAGCUUCUCUCAAAUUACAAUUCAGCUUGAUAGCCUCAUACUCCGCCUUCGAAGCCUUCUCCACGACGCCUUCGAAUACCUCCUCACAAAAUCCGAUCUAGUGUACAUCUCCGGCGGCAUUAAUCGCUGUUCAUCGUCUCGUUUGGAUUAAGAAAAGGCUUAGACCCAAGAGGGAUAUCUGAAACCUAACCUGAUGCACCAGAAAGGCAUAGGAAUGACUGGACGGUGCUGUCCUUUUCAGCAACAUGUUAUGGAGUUGAAUUUUAUGGAACAGAUGGAGCAUAUCAAUAAUCAGUUUGGAUAUGCAUUGUCCAGUAGGAGGACUUUCGAAGAUGGAGGGAAAAUAGUGACUUUCGGAGAUGGAUGGAAACCAGUGAUGGAAGACAUUAUAGGUUCAAGAUCAGAACCUCUUACAUCUACAUGUUUCCAGCUAUUUGAGUCUUUGUGGAGGUGUUUGGACCACAAUUUAAACACAGUCCGAAGAUAUUUAGCUAUCAUAAAAGUGUUUUUGAAUGAUAUUGAUGGCGCUGCGGAAGAUGUGAAUCAGAGACAAAAAGUGUGGGUGGAGCAAUUGAGAAUGGUGGCUCGAGAGGGACAUUCCAUUGUUGAUGCGUAUCCAGAUAAGGAUGGGCUUUUUUUCUUCCUUAGAAGAAUUAUAUUUGCCAAGAACAUCGAUCGCUUAUUGAAAGAAAUUAUCAAUAUCUCCAAAAGAAAAGAAAUUUACGGCAUUGCAAAUAUACAUAUUCGUGAAAGACAAUCGGUACUCGAAGGCGAUAAUCUCGGUUUGAAGUUAGUUGCACAGCCCGAUUCUUGUUCGCAUCGGCAUAUCACGGAGUUCGAAAAAGAGUUCCAAUUAAUCAAGGGAGAAAAACAAUUAAUGAAUGCUCUCUUUGAUGAUUUACAAGAGAUUGGAUAUGAAAAAUUAGACGAAAGAUACAAGAUUUGGGUGGACCAAAUGAAAGAAAUUGUCCCGGAACUUGAUCUUGUUAUUAAAGAAUGCGCGUGUGAAUUGAAGCAUGUGACACUGCUAAACAACAUUCUGGGAUUCAAGGCACGGAUUCAUAUCAUGGACAAGAUAAAGAAGAUAAGAAAGAAAAUAGAAGAUGCGGGAAGAGGUAGAAAGGCAUGUAGUUUGGUUCAACGUCAAUCCCAAGCUGAGUCAUUAUGCAGGAAGACACAACCACUUCUCAUUGCUAAAGAAUCCAGAAUGGUCGGGUUUGAUGAAGACGUGGAGAUUUUGAUGGCCCAGUUACUGUCGGAUGAGAAACACCGUUGCAUUUGUUCAAUAGUUGGAACUAAAGGCACGGGUAAGACCGAACUGGCCAGCUUCAUAUAUAGAAGCGAAGCUGUUCUAUCUCAUUUUGAUUGUGUCAUAUGGGUGACUCCAAGUUCGACGGUUGAACCGCUCAAAAACCAAAUAGCCAAGAAGGCUGCCGAAAUAAUUAUGGGAGGUGAACAUGACAUGUGGACAACACAAGUCGUACUUACAACCUUGGCGACUAAAAAGUAUCUGAUUGUUGUUGAUGGCUUCCAAACUGCCCAUGCCCUGGACAACUUGAGGGAGGCCAUACCUGACAGGUUAACAGCCAGCCGAUUUCUUCUUACCACAAACAAUGCAAUGGAAGCGCUAAGAGCAUGUAGUAAGUCGUUCUUUGUACAUCCUUUACGUUUAUUAGAUGAUAAAAAUAGUUGGAUUCUCUUGACGAGAGAAUUGAAUGUGAAAAUGAACUUGGAGCCAAAGCUACACGAGAACGAGAUUGAAGAGAUUGGGAAAAAAAUUAUGGCCAAAUGCGGGGGACUACCACUCGAAAUACAAAAAAAGAGCAAAUUGCUUUUUCAUAAAGAUGUAACUGCUGAAGAGUGGGCAAAGGUGCUAGAGCAGCCCAAUGAAGAUCAAAACACAUGGUCUGAAACAUUUGACACUGUCAACAACUUACCUUCCUAUCUAAGGAGAUGUUUAUUUUAUUUUGAACUGUUUCCGGCUGAUUUUGAGAUUCCUGUAAGAAGAUUGGUCGCUCUCUGGGUGGCAGAGGGCUUUGUGCCUCUUGGGGAAGACCAAGAAUGGCCACCAGAGCUGGUAGCAGAAAGGUACUUGAUUGAGUUGAUAGAUCUCAACAUGGUUCAAAUUGCCAAGAGAAAGCGCAAUGGCAAGGUCAAAACAUGUCGUUUCCCUAAUGGUUUGCGUCAAAUCUUCAAAUCCACUGAAUCUAGAAUUCCUCAAGUCGGCGGCACUAGCACAGAUUUGGAGGCAGUUCCAAAAAAUUUCAGAAUACGUCGGGUGGCAGAUCACCUUGAAGUAAAAGAUAUCUGGCACAAGCAUAUUCAUGGUAAGAGGUUCACCUAUGCCAGUGAUUGCGAUUCCCUGAGAACCUACUACCAGAGCGUUUCCUCCUUCCUGUCCUUUGAUACUCGACUUGCAAGUAAGUCUGGUCAUGAUAUACGUAACUUUCUGCAGCACUGUAUUUUGAACAAUUGUCUUCUACAGCUGCGAGUGCUUGUUUUAGAAGGCGUGUACAAGCCCAACUUGCCCAAAGACAUUGCAAAACUUUCUCGAUUGAGGUAUCUUGGCCUAAGAUGGACUUAUCUAGAGUUACUUUCACCAUAUAUAAAUAGCUUGCUGCAACUCCAGACUCUGGAUCUGAAACACACUUACAUACAAACUCUACCAAGAUCCAUCUGGAAAAUGAAACUGAGACACCUGUCCUUGAGUGAGAGUAACCGCAUCACAUUUCCACCCAAACCAAUAGGAAUAGAUAUAGGCCGUUCUCUACAUGACCUCCAAACAUUGUGGGGAGUUUUUGUAGACGAAGAGACUCCUGUCAAGGGUGGUUUGGACAAAUUGGUCAAUAUCACUAAAUUGGGAAUAACGUGCCAUUCACAGGUGAGUGCAGUGGCUGACUGGAUUGCGAAACUACAAUACCUCCAAUCACUGAGGUUAAGAUCAAGAGAUAAACAAGGUCGACCAUCGAAAAUACACUUGAAGUUUUUGCAACAUCAUACUAAUCUCACUGACUUGUAUUUGUUCGGAUGCUUGAACACUCCAUUGAAUCAGCUCUUCCUUCCCUCAACCCUUGUUGUGCUUACCCUGUCACAUUCGAAACUAGAGGAUGAUCCCAUGCAAAUUUUGAAAGAUGCUCCGAAUCUUCGCUCAUUGUCUUUAUUUGCAGACUCUUACUUGGGACAAAGAAUUGUUUGCGAGUCUGACAGCUUUUCUCAGCUUCGUGUCUUGAGAGUUUGGAAGUUGGAGCAAUUAGAGGAAUGGAAAAUAGAGGAGAAAGCACUUCCCUCCCUGAGACAACUGGAGAUCCGAUUAUGUCCACGCAUGAAAGUGCUUCCUGAUGGAUUAAAUCAUGUUAACAGUCUUCUUGAGUUGAAGUUGACAAACAUGCCAAUGGAAAUUCAUGCCGAAAAGUACAACAUUCCGCCAAACUGUGAAGUCCACAGAGAUGAUUCGCCCCUAUUUCAGGUGCGGUUUGCGUACACUGCCUUGUCAGAAGAAAUGUCAGAAAAAUAGGUUCUCCGGCGCGUAAGAGUGAAGCAUGUGUAGCAAGAAUUUGCACCAAGAAGCAUGUUCAAAGCUGAGCUUGAAGCAAUGGAUACUAAUCACACAUGGAAUCUUGUUCCUCUACCUAAAGACAAAAAGUCCAUAAGCUGUAACUGGAUUUACAAGGUAAAAUAUAAUGUUGAUGGUACCUUAGCCAAUGAGACGAGGAGCACAUAAAGACUAUUUCAACGUGCGGAUGAAGAAUACAAUCGAUUAUGCAGAGAACGUUUAAGUUUAAGGCAUGGUUUCUUUUAAGUUUCUUUUCAUUUGAUUAGUUCUGUGAUGUUUUCUUUCGUUAUUAUUCUUGUUUUUUUAUUUUUGUUAUUGAUAAAUUGAGUGCUUGGUUGAAAAAUACUUAAUCUGAAUUUUUGUAUUUUUUUUAA